AUGGCAUCAUCGCAAACCACAGUCAUUGCGACUGCAACGGCUGCCGCAGUGGCGACCGGCCUUCUCGCCUACGCCGUCUACUUCGACCAUGCACGACGAAACAAGCCCGAGUUUAGGAGAAACCUGCGGCGAAACGAGCGCAAGCAGGUCCGACAGGCAAAGGAGCACGCCGAGGUCGAGACCCAGAACAGGCGUCACGAAAUCAAAGCGGCCGUGGACGAGGCUAGAGAAGAGGGCUUUCCCACGAGCGUAGAGGAGAAGGAGGCCUACUUCCUAGACCAAGUGACGAUGGGAGAGCAGCUGGGCGCAGAUCCUUCUCGCGCUCUGGAAGCUGCGCUGGCUUUCUACAAGGGCCUUAAGGUCUACCCAACACCUGGGGACCUGAUUAACAUCUACGACAAGACGGUGCCGAAGCCUAUCCUCGACCUCCUGGCAGAGAUGAUCGCAUACGACCCUAGUCUGAGACUCGAAGGCAUGGCCAGCGCCGGCGGCGUGCCAGGCAUGCCAAACCUGCCAAACCUGGCGAAUAUGGCCGACAUGCCCAACGUCGGCUUGGACUAA